AUGCCCCGGCGGGGGAUGGCUGCGGAGAGGACGGCAGCUGGCCGCUGCCUUGCUCUGCUGAUGCUGCUGGUUGUGGCGCCCCCGCAGCCACAGAGCUCCUGCGGUGCAGCGGCUGUCGACGGGCUCCGCCGUCUGAGAGGCGGCUUCGGGCAGCGGGUGGAGGCUGGUGGCGCUCUCCCCGGCGGCGCUCAGCUCGGCGAAGGAGGCGUGGGUGCCGUUUACGCCGCCGAAGAGAGGAAAGUCUAUUCGGGCGCCAAUCCUCUUCACAAUAGAUGA